AUGGGACUCUUUCGCCUUCUCCUGCAUCUCUUCGUGUUAUGUUCACUGACAACAGCUUCUCUGGACCUACCUCAAUCACUAGUUGAUUGCCUUGCAAAGACUUCCGCCGACAUUGUGCACCCUUCGUCUUCAGACUACAACACCACCGCUCAAUCGCAAAACACCAACUACCACUACCGACCAGCCGCCAUAGCCCUGCCAAAAUCGACGAAUGAGGUCGCCGCGGUGAUCAAGUGCGCCUCCGCUCAACCCGGCGUCAAAGUCUCAACCUAUGGCGGCGGCCAUGGCUACGCAUCCUACGCUCUCGGCGGCAGCGAUGGAUACCUCGUAAUCGACUCCCAACGCAUACAAGACAUUACCAUCAACGAGGCGGAGAAGACAGCGACCGUCGGCAUGGGCGUGCGACUCGGUCUUCUCAGCAAAGCCAUCGGCGCGAAAGGCUUUGCGAUCCCCCAUGGGACAUGUUCCUCUGUCGGCAUCGUGGGACAUGCUCUUGGAGGCGGGUGGGGGUAUAGUAGUCGGAAGUGGGGUUGGACGAUGGAUCAUAUCGUCGAGAUCGAGUACGUCGACCCCACUGGUGCAGUCAAGAAAGUUGGAGAUGGUGUCGGAGAUCAGGCUAUCUGGUGGGCCAUGCGCGGCGCUGGAGCGAACAAUUUCGGCGUGGUGACGAGUCUGACAUUUCAGGGGGUUGCAACUCCUGCGACGAGCUUGAACUGGAAGACUGUCUUGCACAAGAACGAAGAAUGCGCUGUGGCGCUUCUGACGAUUCAAGAGCUUGGUGCGCGACGAGGUGCUCUGCCCGCUGAGCUGGGGGUUCAGCUGUUGUUGUAUGGCGAGGGGACGGAGAGCAAUCCUGGCGCUUGUCAGUUGAGUGGGCAGUAUUUUGGUGAUGAGGAGGAGUUUAGACGGUUGGAGGUUGUUAUUAGGGAAGGAUUGGAGAGGACGGGGGUGGAGGGGUAUAGGAAGGCGAAUGUUAGUGAGUUUGGGAGUUGGGUGGAGACUUUGACGGAUUUGCUGGGCAACUUAACCGCCCCUCCCAACGCAGUACCCUACUACGCCCAAUCCAUCAUCGACUACGGCUCCCCAAACUACACAAACUCCACAAUCCAGCCCAUCCUCCAAGCCAUCCAAGCCACCGUCAACAUCUCCAAAACAUCCACCUCCCUCUCCUUCGAUCUCAACGGCCCUGCAGCUCUCACAAACAUCGACCAACCGCACGGCGCCUCGGCGUUCGCGGAUGCUGGGAAGAGGAAGGCGUUGUUCUUGAGUCAGAUAUACAAUUAUGGGACGCCGACGUUUGAAGAGCCUGAGAAGCAGGAGGAGAUUUUCAGGCUUGUGGAUGGGGUUCAGAGGGCUGUGAGGGCUGCGAAGCCGGAUGGGAGAUGGGGGAGUUAUGUCAAUUAUGUUGAUCCGCGAUUGAAGGAUUGGGGGAGGGAGUAUUAUGGCGAUGCACUGGGAAGGUUGAAGGAGAUUAAGAAGUCGUCCGACCCGGAGAAUAUCUUUGACUUCCCGCAAGGCUUAGGGAGAGCGUAA